AUGGCAUUUUGGCAACUUUUAGUUGCCAUACUUGUUUUCUUUCUUCAAUCCAUUCCUCUACUUGUACCAGCUGAAGCCACUAAAGCUGCAUCUUUACCACUCAAAAACACUAUCGAAAUCAAAGUGAGAUGUGUUGAGAGUGAGAGGAAAGCUCUUUUAACAUUCAAACAGAAGCUCAUAGAUCCAUCUGACCGACUGGCUUCUUGGGUUGGCACAGAAUGCUGCAACUGGAAAGGUGUUUUCUGUGACAAACAAACUGGUAAUGUCAUUAGUCUUGAUCUCAAUGAUAAAUCAGGCAAUUGCAUUAGGAAGAAAAAGGGCUAUUUUAUUUCUGGAAAUUCAUCAUCAUGUUUGGGUGGCAACAUAAGUCCUGCAUUACAAGACUUGCAACACUUGGAAUAUUUAGACUUUGGUGGCAAUGAUUUCCAAGGACUUUCCACUCCCAGUUUCUUGGGUUCUCUUGAAAAUUUACAAUAUCUUAACCUCAGUCAUUCAUCCCUUAUUGGUAUUCCUCCUUCAUUUGGAAAUUUAUCAAGUUUGCGCUAUUUAGACCUUUAUGCAUAUUCGUAUCCUUACGAUACUGUUGACAGUAGUUGGAUCAAAGAUUUGAGUUGGGUUUCAGGUCUGUCUUCUUUGAGUUAUCUUGAUCUUUCUUUUAUAGACCUUUCUUUGGCAACAAACUGGCUUGAGGAUUUUAAUAAGCUGCCAUCUUUAGUGACACUACGUUUGCAAAAUAGUAGUCUUAACUAUCUCCCUUAUUCCUUCCCCAACUGGAAUAUGACUUCUCUUUCUCAUCUCUCCCUUUCACAGAAUAAGUUUGUUAAUGCUGUGUUGCCUAAAUGGUUGUCUAAUGCUACCGCGAUUGAGACACUUUAUGUUAGAUACAAUGACAUUGAAGGCUCCAUAUCAAAUGUUGAGUGGGGUAAACUCUGUAAUCUGAGGGAGUUGUAUCUAAUGCACAAUAAACUUAACGGAGACAUUAGUCGAGUAGUGGAAGGAUUGUCCAGCUGCAGCAACACAACCAUAGAGGUCAUACGUCUUGGGGAUAACGUGUUGACAGGACAACUGCCAAAUUCGUUAGGCUAUUUGAAGAAGUUAAGGAUUCUUACUAUUUCUAUUAACCCGAUAUCAGGCACGAUUCCAACAUCUAUUGAACAGCUUUCGCGGUUGGAAAGUUUGCACUUGGGAGAGAAUCAGUUAAAGGGAGCCAUACCUGAGAGUAUUUUUAGUUUUUCUGGACUAACUGAGUUGCGCCUUGCAACAAACGCUUUAGAAGGAAAUCUUUCACAAAAUCACUUUGCAAAACUCCAUCAACUGAAACUUUUAUCUUUAUCAUGUGGAAAAAGAUUUGCAGUCAACUUGACCGAUGAAUGGGUUCCUCCAUUUAGCCUCACCAGUAUCGAGCUUAGAAGUUGCAAUUUGGGUCCCAAGUUCCCGAUAUGGCUGGAAACUCAAAAGCAACUUGAGUUUGUUGUUCUCUCUAAUAACUCCAUUUCAGAUCCUAUACCUCCUUGGCUUUGGACUCUGUGCUCACAAUUGCAAUGGCUCGAUCUAUCGGAUAAUCAGAUUGGUGGAACUCUUCCUAGGUCAGUAAAUUUUCCAACAAUCUCAAGCUGGACAGUACUGGAUUUCUAUUUCAGUUACUAUUAUGGUGUUGUGGUGGACUUAAGCUCCAAUCAAUUCCAUGGUUUGUUACCUCUUUGGCCAAAUGUGACACAUUUGAAUCUUGCAAACAACUUGUUUUCAGGAUCUAUCCCCUUAAACAUUGGUCACGUGAUGAAAAAACUCAAGGUCUUAGAUCUUUCGGGAAAUGCUUUUACUGGAUCUAUACCAUAUUCCAUAGCUAGAGUGAAGCGGCUAUCGAGAUUGGACCUUACAGACAAUCAUUUGUCUGGAAAGAUCCCUGAUUGGUGGUAUGAUUUGCAACAACUUCAGGUCAUAGAUUUGUCAGGAAACAAUCUUUCAGGUAGUAUUCCUCCUUCAAUAUGUUCACCACCUUCACUUUUUUGGUUGAGAUUGAGUCGCAAUAACCUUUCUGGAGAAUUUCCAAAAUCGUUAAGCAAUUGCAAAAGCUUGUUUACACUUGACAUUGGAGAGAACAAAAUCAAUGGCACGAUACCAGAGUGGUUCGGAAAAAGCCUAUUAUCUUUGCAAAAGCUUAGAAUGAGUAGUAAUAUGAUUCAUGGAAACAUUCCAGCACAACUAUGCCAACUUUCUGGACUCCAUAUUCUUGAUCUUUCACAUAAUAAUUUGACAGGUUCUAUUCCUUCCUGCCUGGGAAGCUUGAGAGCUCUUAAGUCUGUGAAAUUUUACAAGUGGUUUCCCAACUAUGGCUAUUUCAACUAUGUUUUUACACCCAAAAUGAAGUUGGUUAAGAAAGGAACAACGAUGACAUACACCUUUACUUUAGAUCAGGUGAAUCUUAUUGAUCUUUCCUGCAACAAUCUUCAUGGUGAAAUCCCGAAUGAGAUUACAGGUCUCUCAGCCUUGGGCACAUUAAAUUUAUCUUGCAACCAAUUAUCAGGAAGAAUUCCAGAGGACAUAGGGAGCAUGCAGAAAUUGGAGACACUAGACAUUUCCUCUAACAAUCUUUCAGGUUCUAUCCCAGUGAGCAUGACUUUCAUCACCUCAUUGAGUCAUCUUAACUUGUCAUAUAACAACCUGCAUGGCCCUAUACCAACAACAUACCAAUUCGGAACCUUUACUGAUCCUUCAUGUUUUGAAGGUAAUCCAAAACUUUGUGGGAAACCAUUGAUUACAGAAUGCUCUCCACCCGGGAAAAAAGGAACGAAAAAGAUAAUUGAAGACGGCGAUUAUGAUGAGCAUGAAAUAAGGCUAUGUUUUUUUGUGAGCGUGGCAGUGGGAUUUGUUGUAGCGUUUUUGGCGACAUUCAGCAGCUUAAUGAUAAAGAAGUCGUGGGGAUACUGCUUCUUCCAUUUCUUGGAGGAAGUUGGAGAAAGAAUUAUCAGGUGCUGUUCGGCUUUUAUGAAUUGCUUGAAAAGGAUUUAG